GCGCUGCCGGGGCUGGGGGCGGGUCGACGCCGCCGCGGGAGGAGGGACAAAGGGGUGGGUCUCCGGGACCUGCACCCCGACGCCGGCGGCCGCAGGUCCGAGACGGACCGAUCGCAGGAGCGCGGGGCCCGCGGCCGAGAUGCCGGUGCGUGGAGACCGCGGCUUCGCCCCGCGGCGGGAACUGUCAGGCUGGCUCCGCACCCCCGGCAUGGAAGAGCUGAUCUGGGAGCAGUACACUGUCACCCUGCAGAAGGAUUCCAAGAAAGGAUUUGGAAUUGCAGUGUCUGGAGGCAGAGACAACCCCCACUUUGAAAAUGGGGAGACGUCCAUCGUCAUUUCUGACGUGCUCCCGGGUGGGCCUGCCGCUGGGCUUCUGCAGGAAAAUGACAGGGUGGUCAUGGUUAACGGCACCCCCAUGGAGGAUGUGCUGCAUUCGUUCGCCGUCCAGCAGCUGAGAAACAGUGGGAAGAUCGCUGCCAUCGUGGUCAAGCGGCCCCGGAAAGUGCAGGUGGCCCCCCGGCAGGGCAGCCCUCUGGGAAACGAUGACGACCGCACCUUCGAGGUGAUGGAGGAGUUCGACGGGCGGAGCGUGCGCAGCGGCUACAGCGAGCAGAGCCCACGCAGCAGCCGCGGGGGGCGCAGCCACAGCUGGGAGGACAGCCCCGAGCGGGGUCGGCCCCACAGCCGCGCACGCAGCCGGGAGCGGGAUCGCAGCCGCGGCCGCAGCCUGGAGCGCGGCCUGGACCAGGACGACCACUACGGGCGAGCCCGCGACAGCAGCCGCGGCCGCAGCCUGGAGCGCGGCUUGGACCACGAUGACCGCUACGGACGAGCCCGGGACAGCAGCCGCGGCCGCAGCCUGGACGAGCCCUGGGAGCGCCCCUACAGCCCCGACGGGGACUACGGCCGCCGCGCCAAGCCCCAGGCACGCUAUGAGGCGUCCCGCAGCCGCAGCCGCGAGCACCUGCGCUCCCGCAGCCCCAGCGCAGAGCGGAGGGGGCGGCCCGGCCACGCUGGCCAGCAGGAUCCCGACAGGCCCAUUGGGGUCCUUCUGACGAAAAGCAAAGCGAAUGAAGAGUAUGGUCUCCGGCUCGGGAGCCAGAUCUUCAUCAAAGAAAUGACGAGAACAGGUCUUGCAACUAAAGAUGGCAACCUGCACGAAGGAGACAUCAUCCUCAAGAUCAAUGGAACUGUAACUGAGAACAUGUCUCUAACGGAUGCUCGGAAACUGAUAGAGAAGUCCAGAGGGAAACUUCAGCUGGUGGUGUUGAGAGACAGCAGGCAGACCCUCAUCAACAUUCCGUCUCUAAAUGACAGUGACUCUGAAAUAGAAGAUAUCUCCGAAAUAGAGUCCGUCCGAUCAUUUUCUCCAGAAGAGAGACGGCAGCAGUAUUCCGAUUAUGAUCACCAUUCUUCCAAUGAGAAGCUGAAGGAAAGACCAAAUUCAAGAGAGGGCACACCAAGCAGAUGGUCCCGGAUGGGCGCCACCCCCACUCCGUUCAAAUCCUCUGGAGAUCUUGCUGCUGCAGUGGGGCCUGAGAGCAGCCGGGAGCCCCGACACCAUGAGGAAGGCGCAGCUCCUCAACCAAAAGCACCCCCGAGAAGUUUUCUUCGUCCUAGUCCUGAAGAUGAAGCCAUAUAUGGCCCCAAUACCAAAAUGGUGAGGUUCAAGAAAGGCGAUAGCGUGGGCCUCCGGCUGGCCGGUGGCAAUGAUGUGGGGAUAUUUGUGGCUGGCAUCCAGGAGGGCACCUCGGCGGAACAAGAAGGCCUUCAAGAAGGGGACCAGAUUCUGAAGGUGAACACGCAGGAUUUCCGAGGGCUGGUUCGGGAGGAUGCUGUUCUCUACCUGCUAGAGAUUCCCAAGGGUGAAACUGUCACCAUUUUGGCUCAGAGCCGAGCUGACGUGUACAGAGACAUCCUGGCCUGCGGCCGGGGGGACUCGUUCUUCAUCAGGAGCCACUUUGAAUGUGAGAAGGAGACCCCGCAGAGCCUGUCCUUCACGCGAGGGGAGGUCUUCCGAGUGGUGGACACACUGUACGAUGGCAAGCUGGGCCACUGGCUGGCCGUGAGGAUCGGAAACGAGCUGGAAAAGGGCUUAAUCCCCAACAAAAGCAGAGCCGAGCAGAUGGCCAGUGUUCAGAACGCUCAGAGGGACAACGCUGGGGACAGGGCGGACUUCUGGAGAAUGCGUGGCCAGAGGUCAGGCAUGAAGAAGAACUUGCGGAAGAGUCGGGAAGAUCUCACUGCUGUGGUGUCGGUCAGCACCAAGUUCCCCGCCUAUGAGAGGGUCUUGCUACGCGAAGCUGGUUUCAAGAGGCCUGUGGUCUUAUUUGGCCCCAUCGCAGAUAUUGCACUGGAAAAGUUGGCAAACGAGUUACCUGACCUGUUCCAAACUGCUAAAACAGAGCCAAAAGAUGCAGGAUCAGAGAAAUCCAGUGGCGUGGUGCGGUUAAAUACUGUGAGACAAAUUAUUGAGCAGGAUAAGCACGCAUUACUGGAUGUGACUCCUAAAGCUGUGGACCUGUUGAAUUAUACUCAGUGGUUCCCAAUUGUGAUUUUUUUCAACCCUGACUCGAGGCAGGGUGUCAAGACCAUGCGCCAGAGGUUGAACCCAACAUCCAACAAAAGCUCUCGAAAGCUAUAUGACCAAGCGAAUAAGCUUAAGAAAACUUGUGCACAUCUUUUCACAGCUACAAUCAACCUAAAUUCAUCCAAUGAUGGCUGGUUUGGUAGCUUGAAGGACACAAUCCACCAACAGCAAGGAGAAGCAGUAUGGGUCUCUGAAGGAAAGAUGGAAGGGAUGGAUGAUGACCCUGAAGACCGAAUGUCCUACUUAACCGCCAUGGGUGCGGACUAUCUGAGUUGCGACAGCCGCCUCAUCAGUGACUUUGAGGACACCGAUGGUGAAGGAGGUGCCUACACCGACAAUGAGCUGGAUGAGCCAGCUGAGGAGCCCAUGGUGUCUUCCAUCACCCGUUCCUCGGAGCCGGUGCAGCAUGAGGAGAGCAUAAAGAAAUCCAGCCCAGAGCCACGAGCUCAGAUGAGGAGGGCUGCUAGCAGAGACCAACUUAGGGACACUAGCCCGCCCCCCGCAUUCAAGCCAGAUCCACCGAAGGCCAAAACGCAAGCCAAAGAAGACGCCUUUGAUCUCUCCAGACCCCACGAGUACAAGUUGGCGCCCUCCGCUGCUGCUGGGCAUGACAUUCCUGGGGCCUCCACCAAAGGGCAGCCUCCUCCCGUGGCAGCGAAGCCUGUCUUAGGACGGUCUAUUCUGAAGCCGUCCACUCCCGUCCCUCCCCCGGAGAGUGAGGAGGGGGGAGAGGGCAGUGAGGAGCAAGACAACACCCCCAAAUCUGUCCUGGGCAAAGUGAAAAUCUUUGAGAAGAUGGAUCACAAGGCGCGCUUGCAGAGGAUGCAGGAGCUCCAGGAAGCCCAGAAUGCAAGGUUGGAAAUUGCUCAGAAGCAUCCUGAUAUCUAUGCAGUUCCAAUCAAAACCCACAAACCAGACCCUGGCUCUCCGCAGUACACAAGUUCCAGAGCUCCAGAGCCACAGAAAGUUCCUUCCCGACUGUACCAGGAGCCCCGGGGCAGUUACGGCAGUGACGCGGAGGAGGAGGAGUACCGCCAGCAGCUGUCGGAGCACUCCAAGCGCGGCUACUACGGCCAGGCGGCCCGCUACCGGGACACUGAGUUAUAGCUGUCUCGGGAGUGACUUCUGGUGUCCUGCUGUGGCCACCUCGGAACCGCGCUGCUGCUGAGCCCUGGGCUGGUUCUUCCGGGCACUGCAGAGGGCCCGGAUCUCCUGCCUGGUCCCGCGGGGUUCAGGGCCAGCCCGUGCUUAUGAAGGACUGAGCGGUGGGGGUCCUGGGUGCGGGAGGGGAUGGUUCUGUGCUGAGAACGGAGAGACGCUCCGUGGCCUGAUAACUGUUACCUGCUUCAGUGGACCAAAAUCUGUGUUUAUUCUGUUUGUGAAUUUUUAACUUGUCUAUCGAGAAGUGAUAACUAUUUUUCCCCUCAUUAAUAGCUGCCUUCAAGCACAA